AUGCGCCUGGGAAAAUAUACUCCUAAUAAAUCGCGACCUAUAAAAGUAUUUUUUAACAAUACGGACAUCCCAAAAUGCCUUGUCUACAACAAGCAAAAAUUACCGAAAACCAUAAAAAUAUAUUCUGAUCAGACACCUACGCAAAAACUAUUCAUGCAACAGUUAAGGGACGAAUUGCAAAAAAGAACUGCUAAUGGCGAGAAAGAUCUCAUCAUAAAAUAUAUUAAAGAAGAAUUAGAAGAAAAUGGCAAUCACUACCUAUGGAUAAGCAUUGAUAAAUUAUCGCUCAAUAUUGGCGCUAUUUACAAACCCGGGGAAACUAACUUAAAAGAUUUUCUAAACAAAUACAUCACACAACUAAAUAAAAGAAAAAGAUCGAUUAUCUUAGGAGACUUUAACAUCGACCUCCUAAGUACUGGAACAAACGUUACGCAAUAUUUAAGCAACAUUCAGGAGGCUGGAUAUAAAAUUAUAAAUAAAAUAAGUAAAAAACACAAUACCCGUGAAACCACUAAAACCAGUACAUUAUUAGAUCACAUAUGUACUGACAUUAAUAAUCAUUCAUUUAACAUAUCAAUAAUUGAAUCCGCUUUGUCUGACCACAAGCAAAUAUACCUUGAAAUUGGCAGUUUACCACCGCAAAGAAAUAAAAAGAUAGACUACCAGGCACUUGAUUAUAAAAAACUAUACAAUGAUGCAUUAGCCGCUACAUACAAUAAUGAAACUGAUGAUUACGAUCGUUUAGAAAAUUUUAUAUCGAAGUACAUAGUGAAAAAUAAAAUCAAUAAAACGAAAAUACUUAAUCCACCUCGAAAGGACUGGAUAAAUAAAAAUAUAAUUGAUUCAAUAAAUGUGCGCAAUAGCCUGUGGCAGCAAGUGAAAGCCUUACCUGGGAAUCAAAUCAUACAUAAAAAAUUUGACACAGAACGAGACAGAGUAGCGAAACUCAUUAAAACGCAUAAAAAAGAAUAUUAUAAUAAUCUAUUCGAUAAGACAAAUAACAAUCCAAAGAAGAUGUGGGAAGUAAUAAAUAAAUUAGCUUUAAAUAAGAUUAAGGAUAGCUUUGAUCCUCCCAAACUGAUGUCAGAUUCAGGAAUUAUUUCCAACGGUAACGAAAUAUGUGAUCUUUUUAAUACUUUUUUCUCGUCAAUUGGCACGGAGCUAGCUUCUAAAAUACCGCAACCAUACCAUGAAAGUACAGAGAACAUGUUCAUGUAUGAAGAUAGUUACACGCAUAACAUUACAUUAUCAAACUUUACACCUUGUAGUACAGAUGAAGUUUCUAAAAUUAUUGAUAAACUAGACUGUAAUACAAGCACGGGAUUGGAUGGAAUUAGCACAAAAGCAAUUAAAUGUCUUAAAAGUAUAAUACUUGUAAGACUUACAAAUUGUAUAAAUGUAUGUCUUGCACAAGGAGUUUAUCCCGAUACACUCAAGAUCGCAAAGGUCAGUCCUAUAUUUAAAUCUGGAUGCCGAUCUAAUCCAAGUAAUUACAGGCCAAUAUCUGUUUUGCCAGUUAUGUCGAAAAUAUUUGAGCGUAUUUUAUAUAAUCGUUUAAAUGCGUACUUUUCUGAAAAACAGUUUUUAAGCAAACGUCAAUAUGGAUUCCGCCCAAAGUCGAGUACUCUCUCAGCUGUUGUAGACUUAAUUACUAAAAUUAAAACUAACAUUGAUAAAAAGAACAUUGCAUUAGGUAUCUUUAUUGACUUAAAAAAGGCCUUUGACACAAUCUUCAACAUUGAUGUGCAGUUUUUCGUUGGUUUUUUGAACUUGGACUGCCGAUCCCCAUCCAUGGUCAUCAGCUCUUGA